AACGCCUGCAGCAAAAAUCAACUCUGCCAAAAUAACGCAGCUUGUCAGUCUGGUUUCACAAUCAAAGGAUAUCGAUGCUCGUGCCCUCCUGGAUUCGAGGGAGAAUAUUGCGAAAAAGGUAAGUUUUAGAUUUCUGCAUAAAUGUCGCUCUGAUAUUCAUGCUAGCACAACGCUACUACCCGUGGGUUGAUUAACGGAGCGUUUGAUUGUUAAACGUGUCUCGUUUAGUUUGACGUUUGCCUGUACUCCUUCGUGUUUUUUCAAGGGGGGAGGGGUCAGUUAUAAUCACUCUAAACGUUUUAUCUCAACGUCUCUUUAAGGAGAAAAAUGAAGUGUCUCAUCAUACGCAGAUGAUGCGAAAGUACGCUUGAACUUGCAUUUAAUUCAUCUGAAAGGUCUAAAUGAAGAAAAACAGGAAAAUAUUAACGUUACAAAUACGAGGAUCGAGAAAAGUGUAUGGUAUUUGCUGAAGCAGUUUGCAUUGUUGAUGGAAAUCGUGAAACUGAAAAAAGGUUCCUCCGCACUCCUUUUGUUUUCUUUUUCACUAUUUGUCUAAUUUUAUGUUUCUUUCUAUCACCUUUUUUAGAUAUCGACGAAUGCAAAACAAAUUCUGACGAUUGCAACGCAAAUGCUUACUGCAAUAACACUUCUUCUAACACAAUACUUCUUGAGGCCUCUGGGUUCUCAUUGGCAAGGCCUAGAUACAGAAAUCCUAAAAAAAUGGCCCAAAAAAGCUUUCGGAAAUCGUUUAUGUUCUAAAAAUCUCGUUUGACCCUGAAAACCUAACAAAAUCCAGAUUUUUGUAUCAAGCCCUAUCAUAGGCAGCAACUGAAAGGAUAUUUAUCUUUUUAUUUAUCUACCUUUUCAUUUAUUUGUCUAUUUCAUCAUUCAUUAUUUGGUUUUUUUUCUGAUUGCUUCUUUUGAUAUCGAGCCAGUUACAACGCUGAAAGUCGUUUUCUUCUUUUAGAUCAGAGCGUUUGUUUCUAUUCAGUGUCGUAAAAUCAAAACCAAAGCAAUGACAACAGCCAAUCAGAGCAAGGGAAGUAUCAUAAGGAGCCAAUGAGAACUCGAAGCGCGGAAUCUGCCUGAAGCGCGGGAAACGCGAGUGACCAAGUUGUGUUUGGUUUUAGUGUGGAAUCUGAUUGGUCAAGAAAGUGGCGCGAAUUUUCAGGACCAAUCAAAGAGCGAAGUAAAGCAAGAACGAACAAUUUUUAGAGAGAACUAUACUUUUAAGACUAUGUGUUCAUGAUGAUGGUCCACCACUUCAUAAAAUUCUACAACGGUUUCACUUUUUUUUUUUUUUUUUGUUUACAAUGGUUUCCUUUUGUUUUUCCUGUUCAGUUGAUCCAUGUCAACUCUACACAGUUUUACAUGAUGAAGAUCGAGACAUAGAGGACGUUGGAGGCAAUGAAUGUGACAGCCAACUAAACACUGGCUGGUAUCGUUUCCUAAACAAGCCAGGAAUACGAAUGCCGACUACGUGUCCACCGACUGAUAGAAGGUGUGGUACGACAUGGCCAGGUUGGUUAGAAGGAGUUCAUCCGACGGUGGAAGACGGAAUAGUUGCAAGAACUGUCUACUUUCGAAGGCGUCAAAACUGUAAAGAACUAGCUGUACACAACAUUGAAGUAAAGAACUGUUCUUCCUUCUUUGUUUACCAUUUAAGACCAACCGGUAGUUGUAACUAUCGUUACUGUUACUCCUCUAAGUAACCAUUUCACCCCAUAAGAGUGACUAGCGUGUAAUUUCUCCUUACCAUAUCGCCCCUGAAUCGAGCAUUAGGGUCAGGAGAAUGAAGGAAAUGAUGAACAACCAAAGAAGAUUUAAUUUAUAUGGCAAAAUCUGUUUGUAAGUACCAACUGUAACUAGUUGUUUACUGUUCUCCGUACAUUUUUCCGACGGCAUUAAACACUCGGGCUCUUAGUUCGAGCUGCACACCCACCCUCGUGUGUAAGUCGUGAUUUAAGAUAGGAACG